GGAAAUAGGUGAGCAUUGUAAGCGUUACAGUUGAGUGUAAGGGGAAAUAAUAGAGGUAAGUCAAAGAACUGGGAAAACGAAGGAGGAACAACCAACCCUGAUGGCAGAGGGAGGAUAGGACUUCCUGAAGGAGGUGACAUCCAAAGGGUCCUGAAGUCUAAAUGAGGGUUAGGAAGGUGAAGAGGGGCAGCUGAAGGUGGCCAGGCAAAGGGUCAGUGGAUAUUCGUAUGGGGCAACGUAUCUUUGGUUGCCCGUUUAACUCAAGGCAAGGCUUGAGUUGUGCAUGUGUGCACUUCUGUGUAAAAUGUACCAAAUGGUAAAAAGUUUGAACAAGAAGAGGCAAAAACGAAGAAAGAGAAUGAGAGAGAAAGGAGGAGGAACAGACAUAAAAAAUGAAAGAAAAGUUGUGAGAGAAGAAUAAUGCAGCCAAGAAGAGGGAGAUUGGUUAGAGUUGAAUGGAGAGAUCUGAGUGCUGAGAAACUCAAGGGUGGAUUCUCUGUAAACUGAUACAGGGAGCUUUUCCUGAGCCUGGGCCUGAGCCCAGGCCCGGGUAGAGGAGGGUCAUCGUGCCAUCGCUAAACUCACAAUUGUGAGGAAAGGGAAUCAUCCUAAGCAUUGCAAAUUUCAAGACAGAAAGAGACCCAGGCAGGCUGAAUAAUCAGAAGUCUUCCUGGAAGAGGGCUCAGGAUGCUGGUGCUGCAAACUGUUCUACUGCUGUUAGCCCUGCCCAGCCAUGCUGAGGAAACCACAACUGCAGGGCCUGGAGCCCUGCUUCCACUACCCAAGGGGGCCUGUACAGGUUGGCUGGCAGGCAUCCCAGGGCAUCCUGGCCACAAUGGGAUCCCAGGCCGUGAUGGAAGAGAUGGCACCCCUGGCGAAAAGGGCGAGAAGGGAGAUGCAGGUCUUGUUGGUCCUAAAGGUGACACUGGUGAUACUGGAGUAACUGGGGUUGAAGGUCCCCGAGGUUUUCCAGGAAUCCCAGGCAGGAAAGGAGAACGUGGAGAGAGUGCCUAUGUAUACCGCUCAGCAUUCAGCGUGGGGCUGCAAGCCCAUGUCGCCGUCCCCAAUGUUCCCAUUCGCUUUACCAAGAUCUUCUACAAUCAGCAGAACCACUAUGAUGGCACCACAGGGAAAUUCCACUGCAACAUUCCUGGGCUGUACUACUUCUCCUACCACAUCACUGUCUAUCUGAAGGACAUGAAGGUCAGCCUCUUCAGGAAGGACAAGGCUGAGCUCUUCACAUAUGACCAGUACCAGGAGAAGAAUGUGGACCAGGCCUCUGGCUCUGUACUCCUCCCUCUGGCUGUGGGUGACCAAGUCUGGCUUCAGGUGUAUGGGGAUGGAAACCACACUGGACUCUAUGCAGAUAAUGUCAAUGAUUCUACCUUCACAGGCUUCCUUCUGUACCAUGACAUUGAUCUCUCCUAACUCAGAGCUUCCAUCAGGGCACGUGGCCCAGAAGUCAAUUAAAGCGCAGUCAGUGAGCUUUCAGCAUAGUUAUGAGACUGAUUUUACUGUCUAGUUUAAGAGUUCUGAACGUUAUCCAUUCAUUCAUUAAGUGCCUUUUUCUAAAAAUCACAUACUAUAUUCCCAGUCCUGAAGAAGACCUGGUCCUUUCAGGAUCUCUUAUGUAGCAGCAACAUUGGACAGUAAUAACAUUUACUGGUGGACUUCAUAUACAUGAUAUGGUAACAACUACAAGGAAGUAGCUGACAAUGCUAUUUUGUGCCCAUUGUCUCUUCAUUCACGUCAGUCCUGUGAGGCACCAAGGGAAGAUACACUUCUCUUUUUUAUAGUUUGGGUUGAGAUAGUUAAGUGAAUGUUUUAGGUCGCACACAGGUAUUAAAUGGCAGUGCUAAACAUCAAACCUAGAGUCAGGGACUCUUCCCAUUAACUGUGCCACCUCACCCGAGGGCCUCUGAAUUUGCCUUCAUCAAGUUAAAAGUUUUCCCUGGCACAGCACCCUCAGAGAAGGUGGCACUGUGAUGACUCGAACCCCAGCUAGACUACUCAACAGCCCCUGCCCUGUUCUGUGAUUUCUCUUUCCUGUAUCUGCCUUCACACUCUUCCCACUAGAAGGGAAAAUGGCUUGCACUUCCCCAUGUUGAAUUCCUCUGUGUUCCUCAAGGCCUCCUGGCUAGGAGCUUCCAUGAUGUGCUCCUGUGUUAGUCACUUUCUUGUUCCUGAGACACAAUACCCAACACUCCCAACUUAAAGGAAGAGAGGUUUGUCUUGGCUCAUGGUUUACUGCAUAGUCCGCUGGCUCCAAGGCAAGAUGGCAUGGCACAUGGGCAGGGCAGAGGAGUAGCUGCUCACCUGGCAUGGCAGACAGGAAGCAGAGAGUGAAGGGAGGAACUGGGAGGGAGAUGAACCCUUGGAGACCACAUCCCCAAUGACCUACCUCUUCUGAACAGACUCCGCCUCCUAACAGCAAGUUAGCUACAAGUGCCCUUAAUCCAGUCACCUUCCAAAAGUCCCGCCUGUGAGCACAUGAGACUCUAGAGGGACAUCUGUACGUUCAGUACCUUGUAUGUUUAGCCAUAGCUGAGAAUCCUAGGUGUGGAGACAUCUGCCCUGAGAGGAGGGGCAAUUCUGUGGUAAGGACUCUGCUUCCUUCACCUCUGAAUCCUUCACAGAUCCUUAACAAAUGCCUCAUGAAGAGCAAUUUCUUAAACUCCAUAUCUACCCAGAAUUAAUUCCAUUCCAAUCUCUCCACAUAAUCCGUUUUUAUUUAUAAAAACACUUUCAUUUUAGUAAUUUUCCGGUGUUAAGCAUCCCAUCCUUGUUCACAUGGACAGCUUGAAUCUUUUACACUGAAGAUAGGGAUAACUGUGCUUUCCAGAACACUUAAAGAAUUCUCCCUCAAAGUGGUCGCUUGAGCUUGAAACACAAAACCUAUGGAGGAAUUUGGAAGCCAUUCUUUCCAUUGAUACUGACAAGUUUAGGGAAGAUUUGGGCCUCCUGAAUUUAUUCUUCUUCUUUAAGAAUUACAAGUGGUUGACGGUGGUAAACAUUUUUCUCAGGAGAUGAUGGCAUGAGUGAAGUUUUUCAAAGAUUUUAGAAAGAGCAAAAUUAAUAACAUGCUAAAUGAAUAUAGGAAAAUUUUUUUGCUUAUAGUUUUCAGUACUAGAUGAUUCCCUUUUAUAUGUGUAUUGGUAUUCAUUAUGUGAUUAUUCCUACAUAUAAAGCUUUGUCUUUUAAAGUGCAUUCAUGUCAUUAUGUUCUGCAAGUAAAUAUAAUGUCUAGCAUUAAAAAUAAAAGAACUUACUGCACAUGA